AUGAAAACAGCGUUUGCUGUGGCAACAAGCGCUAGUGCUUGUUGUAUUAUAUUAUCGCUAAUUGCUAUUGCAUUGAUUUUUCAUGAUAUCAAUGAACUCAAUACUAAUGUAAUGAUGGAAAUGGAAGAAUUCAAAAUGACAGCAGAGGACACAUGGCGUGAAAUUACAUACGUAAAUGUAAAUUCAUACGAUAAUAUCAAACGAUCACUUUUCCCGUAUAUUUCUGUAUUUCGAGCUAAAAGGCAAAACAAUCAAUGCAAUUGUGGACCAUCACCUAAGAAAUGUCCAGAAGGACCAGCAGGACCACGUGGUAAACCUGGUGAGAAAGGUGCAGAUGGAUUACCAGGAGAAGACGGUAUGCCUGGAACACCAGGAGUUGCUUUGCUAGCAACUUAUAACAUUCCAGGCGGUUGUAUCGAUUGUCCUCCUGGCAAACCGGGACCAGUCGGACCAGUAGGUCAACCAGGAUUACCUGGACCGAAAGGUCCACCCGGUGCACCAGGAAAGAGUGGCAAGCCUGGUCAAAGGGGUCCAACCGGUCCAAAAGGUGAUAUUGGUCAGAUUGGCCCUGAUGGUCCAAAGGGAAAACCGGGCCGUGAUGGCAAAGAUGGCAAACGUGGAACUGGACCACAAGGCAAGAAAGGACCAAACGGACAACGCGGACCAGAAGGUCCCAAAGGCGAGGACGGUAAGGACGGAGAGCCCGGACCACCGGGUGAACCAGGACUAGAUGGUAAACCUGGUGCCAAAGGACGUGAUGGUAAAGAUGGGAAACCAGGCAUACCUGGUAUUCCUGGAAUGCCUGGAAAAGAUGCAAUCUAUUGCCCAUGUCCACCACUUCAUCCACAAAAGGCACCACCAGCACCGCCUAGUCAAUAUGAGCCACAAAGUGGUUAUAAGCAGAAGAAAAAAAUGGCAUAA